CUACCUAUUGUAGAAUCACACAUAUACACGUGGAUAUAUAUACUAAUUUUUGGUCUAAAUGAGUGAAAUAUAAUCCUAGAUAUGCCAAUUUUUGCCUAACUUCCUUGUAGUCAUGUGACCUAUUAAAUUAAUUAAUAGGGUCAUUUUCAAUUCUUUAACUCUCGAGGGGCGAAACUGAAAUUUUCCAAAAAUACAUCCCUGCAUAAUUAAUUGAGCCACCGUCUUUUUUUCAGAGCUCACGUUUUUUCUACUCCUCUUGCUUCAAAAUCAAAGAAUUCUAUACUAAUAUAUACACUUAACAAAAUUCAGAUCGAUAAUUUAAAAAAUAUAUAUAUAAACAUACAUAUAUGUAUAUGUGUAUGUAUACAUCAUCACUACCCGUUCGAAAUUUCUCUCAGAUCAAACCAUAUUUUGAAGUCCAACUCCAUUUUAACGCAGAAUGAGCUCUCCGCAGCUUCCAGGAGGCUGGAUGAGCAUUUCCACAGGAUUUACGAAGCUGUGCAAGGGUUUGGCUGUGGUGUUAAUUGGCGGCCACAUUGUUGUGCAUAUUUUGCCUUUCACUGUUUCUUACCUUGCUCUCAUCCCAGCCAAGACCAUUCCUUUCGUUUGGAAUCUUAUUUCAGCUGGUUAUGUUGAGCAGUCGGUGUAUGGGGUGGUCAUCAGCACGAUCGGUCUACUUUUCAUCGGGAAAUUGCUUGAACCUAUAUGGGGUUCGAGGGAAUUUUUAAAGUUCAUCUUUGUAGUUAACUUCCUAACAUCAGCUUGCGUUUUCAUCACAGCUAUUUCCUUGUACUACAUAACAACUCAGGAAUUGUACCUUUAUCUACCUAUUUCUGGUUUCCAAGGGGUCCUGGCAGGGUUUUUAGUCGGCAUCAAACAGUUAAUACCUGACCAAGAGUUAUUUCUGUUAAAGAUAAAAGCAAAAUGGCUGCCUUCCUUAGCCUUAUUGGUGUCCGUUUUUCUAAGUUUUUUCGUGAAAGAAUCGACAUCCUAUCUUCCGACGGUAAUAUUUGGCACCUGUAUAGGUUGGAUUUAUCUCAGGUACUGGCAGAAAAAACCAGAGACAAAAUUAAGAGGCGAUCCAAGUGAUGAAUUUGCUUUCUCGACUUUCUUCCCCGAAAUUUUAAGACCAGCAAUUGAUCCCGUGGCUACAAUUUUUGAGCGGAUGCUUUGUGGAAAAAGACCUGAAUCUGAUGAGAAUGGCUAUACUUUAGGAGGUGCAUCAUUGUCUGGUUCGGAUUCCGUUGAAGCUUCUAGAAGGAGGGAAAGAGGUGCUCGAGCACUCGAAGAAAGAUUGGCUGCUACAGGGAAAACAGAAGAGACACAAACAGAUGCAUCAGAAAAUGUCUAAAAAGCUCGUAAAAUGAAAACUUAUCAUGGUUUGCAGUUCUGUCUUAUUACAAGCUUCUUGUCUAUAUAUAUAUAUACUUGUGAUGAUGUGGAUUAUGAUCCUUACAGAUUUUGCUUUAUUAACAUGCAUGUUUUUUCGUUUGUA